UUUACUCAACAUGUACCCAGGUUGCCUAAUUUUCUCUCCCGGAGCAAGCGCCUGGCGAAGCCGAGUCCCUCCGGCGCCCUCAACUUCACGUGGCCGGCCAAGCGCGUGGUGGUGGUGGAGGGCGACGUGGUGCUGGGCGGCCUCAUGAUGGUGCACGAGCGCCACAACGACCUCGUCUGCGGGCCCAUCAUGCCCCAGGGCGGCGUGCAGGCGCUCGAGGCCAUGCUCUACACGCUGGACUUCAUCAACGACCAGGAGGACUUCAUCCCCGGCGUGAGGCUCGGGACGCACAUCCUCGACGACUGCGACAAGGACACCUACGGCCUCGAGCAAGCCGUCGACUUCAUCAAAGGUUCCAUCAGCAACAUCGACGACGGGGAAUACAAGUGCCGCGACGGGUCAUCUCCGGAGGUCAGAAACAAGGUCAUAUCCGGGGUCGUGGGCGCUGCCUCGUCGGUGACCUCGAUCCAGGUCGCGAACCUCCUCAGACUCUUCAAGAUCCCGCAGGUGAGCUUCUUCUCGACCUCCCCCGAGCUGAGUAACAAGCAGCGGUUCGAGUACUUCUCGCGGACGAUUCCCUCGGACCACUACCAGGUCAAAGCCAUGGUCGAGAUCGUCAAGAAGCUCAGGUGGUCGUAUAUCUCGAUCAUUUAUGAGGAAUCGAACUAUGGGAUUAAGGCCUUCGAGGAGCUGGAGGGCCUCCUGGCGGCCAACAGCAUCUGCAUCGCCGUCAAGGAGAAGCUGGUCAAGGACUCGGGCGUGGCAGAGGAGGUGGCAUAUGACCUCAUCGUGCAGAGGCUGUUGCAGAAGCAGCGGGCCAGAGGCGUGAUCAUCUUCGGCUCCGACCAGGAGGUGGCGGGCGUCAUGCGCGCCGUCAGGAGGAACAACGCCACGGGGAGCUUCUCCUGGAUCGGCUCGGACGGCUGGUCGGCCCGCUCGCUGGUGUCCUCAGGCAAUGAGCCCGAGGUGGAAGGCACGCUCUCGGUCCAACCCCAGGCCAACCCUGUGAGAGGUUUUGACGAGUAUUUCCUCAGCCUGACUGUCGAGAAGAAUAAGAGGAAUCCUUGGUUUGUAGAGUACUGGGAGAACCACUUCAAGUGCAAGUACCCCAACAGCUCCAAGACGCCCUACAACCAGGAGUACACGACGCUUUGCACAGGGCGGGAGAAGCUGACCAGCAAGAACACGGAGUUCGAGGCGCAGCUGCAGUUCGUGUCCGAUGCCGUCAUGGCCUUCGGGUACGCCUUCAGGAACAUGCACCGUGACCUGUGUGGCGACCAGCAGGGCCUCUGUGCCAAGAUGACCCCCAUCGACGGCGAACAGCUCCUAGGUUACCUCAGGAAAGUUCAGUUCAUAGGCCUGAGUUCGGACGAGUUCAAGUUCGACCGCCAGGGCGACGGCCCCGCGAGGUACAACAUCAUCCACUUCAAGCAAGUCAGUCGAGGCAAGUACAGCUGGGUCACCGUCGGCCAGUACGUGGAGGGGGAGCUGCGACUCAACAUGAGCGAGGUGCACUUCAAGCUGGACGACCCGAAGCCGCCCUCGAGCGUGUGUUCGCUGCCGUGCCUGAAGGGGCAGGCCAUGAAGUACGUGGAGGGCGAGUCCUGCUGCUGGCACUGCUUCAACUGCUCCACGUACCAGAUCGUGAACCCAGACGACGAGACUCAGUGCGUUACGUGUGACUGGGGGACGCUGCCCUCGCCUGAGCACUUGAGGUGUAACCCCAUUCCUGAGGUGUACAUCCAGCCCGACUCGUGGUGGGCGAUCGGCGCCAUGCUCUUCUCCUCCGUCGGCCUCGUCAUGACGGGCGUGGUUAUGUGGGUGUUCGUGAGCCACAACGACACGCCCGUGGUGAGGGCGUCCGGGCGGGAGCUGUCCUACGUCCUGCUGUCGGGCGUCUUCCUCUGCUACGCUAUGACCUUCGUGUUUGUGUUGAAGCCAUCAGCUGUUGUGUGCGGCAUCCAGAGGUUCGGCCUUGGCUUCUGCUUCGCCGUGGUGUACAGCGCCCUCCUGACCAAGACGAAUCGCAUCGCCAGGAUCUUCAACGCAGGGAAACGAACAGCCAAGCGACCUUCAUUCAUCACGCCGAAGUCGCAGCUGUGCAUUUGUUUCUUCAUUGUUUCCAUACAGGUGGUGAUCACGGGGCUGUGGUGGGUGGUAAGUCCCCCCCGGGCGAUCCACCACUACAUCGUGCGGGAAGACAACUUUCUGGUCUGCGCCGCGUCUAUCAAUGCGUCCUACAUGAUCGCGUUUGCGUACCCUAUUGGCCUGAUCGUCGUAUGCACCGUGUAUGCCGUUCUUACCCGCAAGAUUCCCGAAGCCUUUAACGAAAGCAAGCACAUCGGCUUCACUAUGUACACCACCUGCAUUAUCUGGCUCGCGUUCGUCCCCAUCUACUUCUCGACUGCAAGCAACGUGGAGCUGCGCAUCACGACCACCUCCGUGACCAUCUCCCUGUCGGCGACGGUGGCCCUCGUGUGCCUGUUCACGCCCAAGCUCUACAUCAUCCUGCUGCACCCGGAGAGGAACGUCCGCCAGAGCAUGAUGCCGACCGCCAAGUACUCCGCCAUCAAGACCACGCUCUCGUCCUCGUCGCAGAGGGUCGACUCGGGGACGCAGAGCGAAGUGAUCUUCCCCGUGGACUACGAACUGCACGAGAAGCUCCGCACGAUGGGCUGUGGCACUGGUCCCAAGUCCAACAGUGCCACCCAGACCUGCCCCUCCGCCUCCUGCACGCUGCCCGACCACCGCUGCGGCGCCACGACCACCCUCACGGCCUCCCUGCACCCCAGCGCCACCAACGGACCCAUGCAGGAUGUGCCCGACGUGCAGCUGUAG